AUGUCAGUAUUUUUCCAGACUGUACAGACGGCAACCUGCAUCCAAGGAACCUUUGGUUCUAACUGCUCCAACAUUUGCCAAUGUGUAAACAAUGAAAAUUGUAGCCAUGUUGACGGUGGCUGUCCCAAUAACCAAUGCGCAGCUGGCUGGACGCAUGCCAACUGUAGCGUAGCAUGCAACCGUAGCACCUUUGGUUCUAACUGCUCGAAUAUUUGUCAUUGUCACAACAAUGCAACAUGUAACCAUGUUGACGGUGUGUGCUCCAAUAAGCGAUGUGCAGCUGGCUGGACGCAUGACAACUGUAGCGUAGCUUGCGAUCAUGGGAACUUUGGCGAAAACUGCUCGUAUGAAUGCCACUGUAUCAACGGCGUUAGAUGUGAUCCUGUUUUUGGCAAUUGUCCUGAUGAUCUUUGUGCACCUGGGUGGACACAAAGUAACUGCAGCGUAGCAUGCAAUCCAGAUAUGUUUGGUAAGAACUGCUCAUCCCGUUGUCAUUGCCUCUUCGGAGCAAGUUGUGACAAAAGUUCCGGUCUCUGUCCUGAUAACCUAUGUGCACCUGGAUGGACAGAAAGCAACUGUAGCGUUGCAUGCGAUCAAGGGUUAUUUGGUUUGAACUGCUCCACACAAUGUCAUUGCCUACACAAAGCCAACUGUAACCAUGUCUCCGGUAACUGCUCCAAUGAGCAAUGUGAGCCUGGGUGGACUCACAGUAACUGUAGCGUUGCGCCUUUAUAA